AUGGGAUGGACAGGCAGUGUAAAGUUGGAGGGUGGAGUAGAAAAGCGAGAAGCAGAUGUUAGACAAGAAGCUCCCGAAAUCGCCGCCGACGCCGACGCCGUCCCUCUCCGUGAAAACAACAACAAGACCAUGUGA